UGUUCUUUUAAUAUUCCGAGGAGGAAGAACAAAAUCUUUUACGUGAAGGAAAGUGAGGGGACGACGAAGGAGACAACGCCCACACUCUUCACGUUCUUUCAUCUCCUCUUCCUCUUGGAUUUAUCAUCUUUUAUUAUUUAUCGCAAAAAAAUAAUAUAUCAUAUAGUUUUUUUUUUAUUUUCUUUAUUGAUAUUUCUUUGGGUUCAUUGAACCGAACCUACGAUGUCCGGAAGGCCCAACGAUAGUAUUUUUAUUUUAAUCCAAAAAUAUUUUUGAAAAUUCCAAGAAAUGAUUGUGUUCUUGGAAAGAAAAAUAUAAAAGUAAAGAAGGGGGGGAUGGGUCUUUGUAUCUGGACCUCUUUCUGAUUCCUCGUCGUAAUGAUUUACUAUUCUAUCCUUUUGGACUGUCUCAUGAAUCAUUGUAAGAUUUCAGGUUUUUAUUGGUUAUUAGGACAAUUUCUGUUUCUGAAUAAAUACUGAAAAUAUUACAAUUUUCACGUUUUUGUUUUGUUUGAAACCCUCGAAGAAGAGGCCCACAUCUGGGUUUUUGAGGGUUUCUCCUAAAAUAAUUCACAAUUUUAUUAAUUUUCAAACCAAAUUUAAGCAGGAAUAGAAUAAAUAAAAAACAAUACUAAAUUUCGAAAUCAUUUUCAGGAAGAUUUCCAAGGAGAUUGUUUAUUAUUUAGGUUAGGUUUGGUUGGUUGGUAGAUCCAAAAUUCCAUUGGCCAUAUUAUUCUAUUAUCGUCUUCUUUUUAUAAUUUCCCCUCCAUUUAUGAUCCAUCUCUCACCUUUUCCUUCACCAUCGACGAAGAAGAAGGGAGCCAAGAAAUUACCUUUCCUCUUCUUCUUCUCUAAAUGCUACUGUACUUCCUCAUCACUUGCCUCUCCUUCUUCCUCUUCUCAAAAUCUCUCUCUCUCAAGCCUCUUCCUCCGUGGGCAUGUGAAGCCAGAACUCUCCUCUCCUUCUGGUUCAACAACAGACCCUCUCUCGGAUCCAGCUUUAAACCCGCCAAGAAGACGAUGCCCAGAAACCCUAAACCACCGACGGCAUCCGAGGUUGUCUCCCCGGCCCCCGGAGAAAUGUCGGUUCUUGACCUCCCCGACCUUGCCCUCGAGUGCAUUCUCGAUCGGCUUCCUCCGUCUGGGCUCUGCAGCAUGGCCGGUGUUUGCAGCUCCUUGAGAGAGAGAUGCGUGAGCGAUCAUCUUUGGGAGAAACAUCUGAAGAUGAAAUGGGGCAAAAUCCUCGGCCCUGCUGCUCAUAGAGAGUGGCAAUGGUAUAUCGCUUCGGGGAACGAUCUUGGGUGUGUGGACAAACAAGCUGGGCAUCGAGGGUUUGUCAAAUUGGUCUCUUUGAUUCGGUCGAUUUCCUCGCUUUUCCGAUCCAAAGUCGUGAACAGCCUCAAUUUCGAUGGUUUUGGAGAUGAAAACAAGCAGCAAAGACAGAGCAACUCUUCAUCUUCUUUGCCUGUUGAUUCCAUCAUGAACUGGUACCUCGCCCUUGAAACCGGCCGGUUUUGGUUCCCGGCGCAGGUGUACAAUCGCGAGAAUGGGCAUGUAGGGUUCAUGUUAUCAUGCUAUGAUGCCGAGCUCAGCUACGAUCCUCACAGCGAUACAUUCCAAGCCAGGUAUCCACCGCACGGUAGGAGAGCGGUUGCAGUAGAAAAGGGUGUGACAUGGGAGAGACUAAGAGCACAACCAAUUGAUGCAUCUCCUCAUCAUCUUCAUGUCUCGGAUUGUCUGAACGAGUUAAAGCCCGGAGAUCACAUCGAGAUCCAAUGGAGACGGAACAAAGAGUUCCCUUAUGGAUGGUGGUAUGGUGUCGUUGGACAUCUGGAUUCGUGUGAUGGGAAUGAGAAUCACUGCCAUUGCCAUCUUAACGAGACGGUGGUAUUGGAAUUCAAUCAGUACACGCUUGGAUCGAGGUGGAGACGGACCACUGUCAACCGGAGAGAUCACAGGGAGGAAGGGAACGAAGCCGACGGCUUCUACGGAGGAAUCAGGAAGCUGAAGAGCCAAGAAGAGAUCUGUACAUGGAAACGCCUCUGGCCUGUCUCCGUCUUGGAAUAGGAAGAAGAGGUUUCAAGAAACGUUUUUUAACAUCGAAGAAGAAGUUGAAAGCAAAUAGAUUAACACGGCUUAGUAGGCUGUAGUUGAAGGAGAAGGGGAAGGAGAAGAAUGGUCCAUCUUUCUUCAUGGAGGAAGAAAACCCACCCGAGUUUCACUGCCGCAGAUAUGAAGAGAGCCGGUGAAGCUUGGGUUAGGGGUUCACUUUAUUUAAAAUUAUUUGUUCUCUUUUCUUCUCUUCUUCCUACUACAAAAUCAAUGGUUGUAUAUGUAAAAAGAAAUUGUUAUUUAUCGAUAUAUUAUUGAUCGGUGUCCUAUUUAUGAUA